AUGUUCAAAAUCGCCCUAGUUAUUCUCUCCCUUAUUGUACUCUCCCAUGCAUUGGGAGGUAUUGUUGGCAGAGGUCAGAAGGUUACUGUAGUCGGGAAAUUGACAUGCAAUGGAGCCCCAGCAAAAGAUGUGAAAGUCAAAUUGUAUGAGGAUGGAACCGUCUACGACACCAAAAUGGACACCAUGAACACUCUCGGAGACGGUUCUUUCAGUGUCAAUGGAUCUCAGACAAAAAUCAGAAAGAUUGACCCAAAGAUCAACAUCUAUCAUAGAUGCAACCAUCACAGCUUGUGCCCAAAGAAAGUGACUAUCCAUGUACCAAAAAAUGCCGUCGGAAAAGGAACAAAAGAAGCUCAACUUUUCGAUAUUGGAGUCUUGAACUUGGCUAAUAAGUUCCCAGGAGAAACUACUGAUUGCAUUCACUAA